CCUCUUCCAACACCGCCUCACUUCGCCCUACCAGCUUUCGUGAAUGAACGCUCCAUCUCUCCAUUCUCCAUCUUGCUGCUCUCUAGUCCAUCUUCCCAUCGAUCCAUCUGUCAAACUUGCUGUCGUCUUUUCACAUUCUGUCCUGCGAGGCAGCCGUUUCCACAAUGUAGCAACAGCACCCGCAAAGACCGCCAUGUUCUCGGUGGUGGCUACCUGGGUAUCAAUCUACCAUCCAUGUUACGCGUCGCUUUUCCUGCAGCCUGCCUUCCCAACAACAGGCACCGAGGUCAUGUACACACACUCGCGCGCGCGCAGUGGCCAGCGGACAGGUGUACCUAUCUUGACCGUCAUACCUUUCUGGUGAACGAGCGACGAUGGGUUCCCACCACUGAAGCUCCAGAAUGGUACGGCCUCUCAAACGCUUUUGGUGCCGUGUCGACGCAGAUCCACGCGCCGGAUGCCAGCGGACCCCACGACACGGUGCAUCACAAACCUUCGCCAAAGGAGCACCCACCACCAUAA